AUGAAGAGCGCCGUUCCAGACUCAGACCAGACGUUGUUAGGUUACCACAGUCAGGGAAAGAGCUCCAGCGCCCGCAGCUACGGGCGCGACGCGCUGGCUGGCCCACUGCGGGCGCUGGAGCAGGUUCUCACGGACAUCAGGGAUGGCAAGUCCAAGCCAGACCAGACCAGACAAGGUCAGGUCGCUGGAGCAGCACAGCCGUGGCAGCUGCCGUCGUCGCAGCCGCCGCCAGCCCUGAUAGACCAGCAAGAACCGCAGCCACUGUCAGACUCAGUCAGCACCGCCGAAGAGCCACAGUCUGAAGGCUCGUCCGGAGACGAUGUACAGUUGCUGCAACGUGUUAGUCACAGCUUAGCCCUUGCCGCAGGCAACAAAGACUUUCAGUUCCUGUCGCACGUUAAAAGCGGUAUAGUGCACAUCAGUCGCAAAGAGGCUGAUCGCUUGCUCUGUGGCCGCACAGUCGACUUCAGUCGUGCACAGGCCUGUUUGACGUGCCAGUCCGUCGCGGACGGCCUGUGUGCUUCUUAG